AUGGAAGCAAAUGCGGUGCAUAAGAAGGGAUCAAUUUAUCUGGGAUUCCGGAACGGUUACAUAUUUUCCUACCGAGUGAUCAAUGAGAAGGAAAAAUUCUCGGAAAUAUUAUUUUCACUCGAUCUCGCACAUCGUACUCCCCAAACAGAAGUACUCGGUAAGGACGAUGAAUUGCACUUAUUUUCGACCGAUGGUAAAGAAGCAAUUGUAGUAAUUUGCGGUCCCACAACAUAUUAUCGAAUAUAUGACGUUAAUCCACGGGAUGGCAUUAAAGUUAUUUAUUUGAAGAAGAGUAAUAUGACUGUCAUCCAGACAUUAACGAAAAAAUGUCGAAAAGCUGAUUAUAAUGCGAAGGACGCUAAAUUGGUUUUUUUCAUGGACUCCUCUACGGCAUAUGAACUGCCGCUCACUUUUAAUCAUGACGGAGUUUUAAAAAGCUAUCCAGAUCCAAAGCUG